GGCCCGGCUGGUGGCUGCGAGGGACGCGGCUCUGCUCGCCAUGGCCGCCCCCGCGGGGCGCGGAGUGCCCCUGGCGCUGGGGCUGAGCGGGCUGUUGUUCGCCCUGUGCGGCCUCGUCCUGCUCUUCGUCCUGCCCAGCCUGGUGCGGGACCAGGUCAUCAAGAACGUGAGGAUCGAUCCCAAUAGCUUUGCCUUCAGUAUGUGGAAAGACAUUCCUGUUCCUUUUUACCUGUCAGCCUACUUAUUUGAGGUGAUGAAUCCAAAAGAGAUUCGUCUGGGAGCCAAGCCUGUGGUGAAUCAGCGUGGGCCUUAUGUUUACAGAGAACACAGGUAUAAAACCAACAUAACAUUCCAUGACAAUGGUACAGUUUCCUUCCUGGAAUACCGGCAAUUUUACUUCCAGCCAGACCUGUCAGACGGGAGGGAAGAGGAUUACAUUGUUGUGCCAAACAUCCUUGUGAUGGGCGCAGCCAUUAUGAUGGAGAACCUACCUCAGUUAUUGAAGAUGAUGAUAAGUGGCGCACUGGCUGGCUUGGGACAGGACGCUUUUAUGAACCGAACCGUGGGAGAGAUCAUGUGGGGCUACGACGACCCACUUAUAGACGUGCUGAACAGUUUAGUGCCUGGUUUGAUCCCUUUCAAGGGGAAGUUUGGCUUAUUUUUGAAUUUUAACAACUCGAAUACAGGACUUUUCACUGUGUAUACUGGGGCCACAGACAUCAAUCAAAUCCACACAGUGGAUACAUGGAAUGGAUUAAAGAAGGUGAAUUACUGGCGCUCCAAUGAGUGUAACAUGAUCAAUGGGACUUCUGGAGAGAUGUGGCCUCCUUUCAUGACCCCUUCCUCCUCUCUAGAGUUUUAUAGUCCUGAUGCCUGUCGAUCCAUGAAGCUAGUGUACGAGCAGUCUGGAGUAUUUAAAGGGGUGCCGACCUAUAGAUUUGUGGCUCCGAAGACUUUAUUUGCCAACGGAACAGAUUAUCCACCAAAUGAAGGCUUCUGCCCCUGCAGGGAAUCUGGAAUCCAGAAUGUCAGCACUUGUAGAAUGAAUGCACCAGUGUUCAUAUCCCACCCACACUUCUAUGAUGCUGACCCUAUCUUGGUGGAAGCGGUCGAUGGAUUACAUCCCAAUAAGGAGCAGCAUGGGCUCUUCCUUGACAUUCAUCCGGUCACAGGAAUUCCAAUGAACUGCUCAAUCAAGCUGCAACUGAGUCUGUAUAUAAAGAAGGUCUCUGGCAUAAGUCAAACAGGACAGAUCAAGCCGGUUGUCUUGCCUAUGCUUUGGUUUGCAGAAAGCGGAGCCAUUGAAGGUUCAGUCUUACAGCAGUUCUACACCAACCUGGUACUGAUCCCGUCUGUGCUGGAGUACGUGCAAUAUAUCUGCAUCGCUCUGGGUGUCGCUUUGAUUGUUGCUGCCAUUGUACUGGAGGUAAAGAGACAGAGAAACGCCAGAGAGAAGAGCCCACGAGAGCCAGACCCACAGACUGAACCCCCUUGGUCUUCAGAAACAACACCACUCCUUCAAGAUGCUAGUAAAACAAACCAGAAUGAUGCUGCUGAAGCCUGAAGUGCCAGUCUCUUACAGGAGGGUAAUUUCUACUGGUACCUGUGACUGUGCUUAGAGAUCGGAUUCACUCUGGGUUCAUUGGCAGGAUCCUAGAAAGGAGAGGCAGAGUUGGAUAAAAUAACAGAUUCUGAACUCUCUUGAGAGGCACAAAGUAAUCUCCAAGGCUGUUGAACUGUAUUGCCAUGGCUUUUAUGUCCUGCACCAAGACACAGGAUGAGGAUAAAACCACUUCAGUCCUAGCAUUUGAAAUACAAAAUAUUCAGCAUUUGUUGGCCUGGGGCUGACAUGGGCUGAGACCUCUCACCUGCCACUUCCAGCCUGGUAGGGAUGAAGAAUACCUUCUGGCUAAUCCCCUGAAGUCCUUUCCUGUGCCCACAUAGUGUCUUUCCACUUAGAAGAUGAGAAUCCUAAAAGAAAUAGGCACUUUAAUAACUAAUCCUUUAAAGCAGACAAGGUUUACAUGUGGUGUGGAAAUAACUGGUUUAUAUAGAAAAAUGUCAGUAUUUAACAGCCUGUGCUGCUCAAGGCUUAUGGGGAGGUGCUUACUAAAUAGAUCUACAUUGGCUUAAGCUCACUCCCAUUGAGGAGGGAUGGAUUCAUUUGCUCAAUUUCACUGAGUAGAAAUAAGAUGUGGGGCACAUGAGAACUCAAGAGAUGUAUGCUGCCAACUCGUUCAAUAUACCAGUAUGAGGCUAGGCAGCUAUGUGGAGGUGUAAGAGUCAAGGUUGAUUGCUGUUCUGGAGGGGUGGUGCUCUAGACUGAAGGCUCGCUCAUCACUACUUUAAAGCAUAAUGGGUUUUUUCCAAAAGGAGCAACUUGGUUUAUCUGGCUAGUUGGUUCCCAGGUGCCAUUGUUUAGAUACGCAGCAGUGGCUCUCCUUUGAGUUCUGCUAAAGAAAUAUUGUUUAGCUCCCUGGCUAUCCCACCCGCACUUCUGUGGUGCACUCAUGCAGAAGCCACUGACUUGUUUGGAAACCACUUACUCUUUACAAGUCUUUAGUUCCCCCCCCCCGGAUUUCAAAUUAAUAGGAGCUCUUCUAUCUACACAGAGCCAAUCAGGUGCAUUGCAUUGUUCCACAUGUGACCUCAGACUCUGUAGAACCAUCAGAAAUGUCUGUAAUCAUGACACUGUACAAUGUCACCAUGGUUAAGAGCUAUUCCAGAGCUGCUCCAUUCCCCAGUCAGCUGAGAGCUCUUACUUGCAGCGUGACACUUGUGCUACCCCGUAAGGAUGGGGACUGAAAACUAGCUGAGAGAAUGGGAGGCAGGUCACACUCCAGCCAAGAAGACUUCGUGGCUGUUUUGUAACAGCAGAGUGAAAAGUUAUUCUGCAGGCAGUGUUCCCUGUAGGUUUCCACGCUGUAAAGCCUUUGCCAUGUCAGGCGAUUCCAUAACUUAGUGGGUGGCUCUGAGGGCACCUUAAAUGCAGCAGACCAGCAACAGCUGAAAUGCCCCCGAAUGGUAGGAAAACCACUCCUGUGGCUUCAGCUUUGUUGCGAGUACUGAUGGCAGCAAAGGACCUUCCUGUGUGCAACACGUGUGCAUGGGCCAUACACAAUGUAGGGCUUCCAGAGGGUUUGAGGAUUUUUCACUAUGCAAAUAGCUAUUAACCGCUCUGCCGUAAGACUGCUUGGAUCAGGGCUCAGAGAACAGACUCUCCUUUCUUAUGGCUCCUGUGCUAGUGCUGGGCAUGCCCAGCAGGUAUGGUAUGUUGAGGGACAUGUAUCAAGACACUAGCUUAGAUCAUAGACUCUUGGCAAAUGGCUAGUAGGGUUUGUACCCCACCUCUGAUCUCAGCCAACUCUGCAUUCUGUCCAGCCAUAUCUGAACAUUGCUAGUGGAGCAUGUGUAUGGUAGCUUCCCUCUUCUGUGCUCUAUCCAGGUUAUUACCUCUCUCUCUCUCUCUCUCUCUCUCCCCCCUCCCCCCCACCUUUCUGUAGUUAAAACUUUAAUACCAGUGUUGCUGUGCCAGAAGCCUUCCUGGGGUAGGCUGAAAUUGCGUAGCAUGCAGUAUGUUGGAUUAGGAAAGCUAGCUGAGGAAAACUCCCCUUGCUUGUGAUACAAGGUCAGUAAAGCUUGAAGGCUGAGAAUAUCAAAGCAUUAGGGGCACCUGCAGAAGACUUGGCCAAAGCAUAGUUAUUUGGUCUCUGCUCAGAAUCCUGAGCCCAUCCAAUGGCUAUGUUCCAUUGGUCACUUGUGUUGCUUCUAAAGCUGCCUUUUUAAGGGAUAUGUGCAAUUUGAUGUACUGUAUCAAAUAGUGGAACUUUUAAGUGAAUCCUCUCUGACUGCUUCAUUCCCUUAAUGGAAGGUUCCUCAAAGUCCCUCUGCAUCAUGCUGCUGUGUGUUGGGGUGGGGGAGAAGGGAACCCAUGUGAUAGCAGUGUGUUAUCCAGCUACUUGUAGGUAAUCAGUUACAUCAUAGUAGUCAAACAUGAUCUGUGGAUUUGUCUAAAACAGCUUCAGCACCCUAGAGGGUGGGUGAGUGGAACACAGGGCACAACCAGCAGGAGGGAACAUGAGCUAGGGAUGCCUGAAUACAAACAGCUCUCGUAUGGGUCAAGUCCUUAAAGUGAAUUUCAAAAUCUGCCAAACACUUGUAUGGGAUUCAUUAGUUAAGGUCUCUUUUUUAUAACCUGAUGGUAACUACCAAACUGGAUAUUAGACAACUGGAAAACUUUCACUAUCCAAUAACCAUCAUUCUGAUUAUAGGUUGCCUUGAGGGUUUUAUAGAUCUCAAGUGUCUGUACUACUGAAAGGUGUGAGGUGCUGGUGCUGAUCACUCUCUCCUUUCUAUGGGGAAAAUGCUACUUUAAUACACCUAACACUUACCUGUUAGUAGCAGGGAAAGUUACUGAAUCUGCGUGAAGAAAGAUCUAACAUCCCUGAAGUAGGAAACUCUCAAAGGCCUGCAGUUUGCAUUGUGAUGUAUCAGUCUUACUGUUUUUUGAACACACUCUUCCCUUUCUUAGCACUAGUAUUUUAGAAAAAAAAAAUGAAACUUUUCAAUCAAGAACUGUUGUGAUAACUUUCCUCUGUCAUCUUCAGGCCAAAUUGUACAGCAAGGAACUGAAUGGUUUUAUAGUGUAAUCACCCAGAUCCCACUGCUUAAGAGCAAAAUAAAAUGUCCCCAA